AUGCCCUUCUCAUUCAACGGCAACCAGGUCGAGCUCGACACGGCCAUCAACUUCGCCGACGAGGCCGACAGCAACUUCAUCUUCCUCGAGACGCACGAGCCGCUGACGAACUCGCAAGAGGCGGAGCUCCAGAACUACGGCGUCAAGUUCCUCGAGUACCUCUCCGACAACACGUGGCUGUGCAAGUACGAGCCGGCGGACCUGGUCAUCAUCCGCGGGCAGGCGUACGUGGCCAACGCGGCCGUCGUGGACCCGCGCUUCAAGAUCCACCCGCCGCUGAUGCCGUACGUCCGCAGGGGCAGCCAGGAGAAGCACACGGUCGACAUCACGCUGCACCAGGAGGCCAUCAUGUCCGCGGAGGAGGUCGCGGCCAGCAUCCGGAAGCUCUCGGGCGCGUCGGCCGAGGAGGUGGGGUUGAGGCGCAACUCGGUGCGCUUGGAGGUCGACCAGGAGGCCCUGUUGAAGAUUGCCAAGAUCGACGAUGUUGCGUCCAUCGAGAGGGUUCGGGAAAUGGAGGCACAGGAGACUGCGCAGGAGAUUGAAAGUUACUGA